AUGAACCUUCAUUCAACUCAGAGUGUGUAUCUCUGCCACCCGGGAGACUCUAACUGCACUAUGUUUAAGGAGUCUCUGAGUGCUGAAAACUACAAGAUGCAGCAUGAAUUGUCCCAUGGGCCAACCUCCAUCAACCAAAAUGAGUUUACGCAACUUUUUCCCACUGUGGACGUCCCGGAUCACGCUCACUAUAUUCUCGGGGUGGUCAUCCUCAUGGUGGGGAUCACAGGAGUAAUAGGAAACGCACUGGUCAUUUACGUGUUCUGUCGUAGCCGCCCGCUACGUACACCAGGGAACAUGCUGGUGGUCAACCUGGCCGUGUCUGACUUCUUCAUGUCUCUUACACAGUCGCCUGUGUUCUUUGUGGCCAGCCUGCACCGGCGUUGGGUGUUUGGUGAGCUUGCAUGUGAACUGUAUGCCUUCUGUGGUGGCCUGUUUGGGAUUUGCUCCAUGAUGACUUUAACAGCUAUAGCUGCCGAUCGCUGCCUCGUCAUAACCCGACCUCUAGCUUUGCUGGGUCAGGUCAGUCAAGGCAGAACUGGUACAGUGCUCGCCCUGCUGUGGCUCUAUUCUCUGGGCUGGAGUCUACCUCCUUUCUUCGGCUGGAGUGCAUAUGUUCCAGAGGGUCUGCAGACCUCCUGCUCUUGGGACUACAUGUCAUUCACACCUUCAGUGCGCACUUACACCAUUUUUUUGUUCAUAUUUGUCUUCUUUAUACCUCUGAGCAUUAUUGCUGCGUGUUACCUGGCCAUCUUCCGAGCUAUUAGAAAAACCCGCAGAGAGGUAAGACGACUUGACUCUGGUGAGACACCUAAGGUGCUUGACUGCAUCAAGACUGAAUGGAAGAUGGCUAAAGUGGCUCUCUUAGUCAUUCUUUUAUUUGUGAUUUCCUGGUCGCCGUACUCUGUGGUGGCUCUCACAGCAACAGCUGGCUAUGGUCAUGUCUUUACUCCUUAUAUGAACUCCAUCCCUGCGGUAAUCGCCAAAGCCUCUGCCAUCCACAACCCCAUAAUCUAUGCCAUUACACACCCUAAAUACCGAAUAGCCAUUGUGCGUUAUGUUCCACUUUUCCGCCUUAUACUGUGUGUUGGAUUGAAUAAGCGCUCAUCCUCCAUCUCCACCAGUGGCACCACUUCUCAUCAGACAGCCCUAACAAGCCAGCAUGCACUCGGCAUCCGGAUUGGCAACGUCACGCAUUCUAACUGUCGCUGGGGGAAGACACGUCUAUCCCUUGCUUCUGACACCGAAUCCUGCUGGACAGACAGUGAGGCUGAUGGUUCCAGUGCCAACUCGCUGCCUUUUGCCAGACGUGUGUCUACAGAGAUCUCUUCAGACACUGCCAUUCCUCCAGAGCAGCCUGGCAUGAGCAUAGGAAUUGGGCAGAAAAAGGUGAAGGCUGAGAGAGUUAGCAGCAUACCUGUGCCCUCUACUGUUCUGGAACCAGAGAGAGCUGUGCUUUCUGAUGGGAAAUGCAUUCUCCUAUCAUGUAACUGA